AUGGAUCCGCUGGACUGUAAUAUCUGGAUGUCCUUUAUGUGUGACGUGAUACAGAAGCAUCUUUGCCUGUGUGACUUCAAAGAAAACGUGGACAUUCUUCAGCUCUGUCUCAAGGAGGGCUUCGGUGCGGCUGUCACCGACAAGAGGCACGUUGCCGAUUGCAAGAUAAGCUCCACCCUGUUGAAUAGCAUCUCCGUCAAUUUGGUGCCCGGAAUGUUUAUCACCUUCCUCACACAGCUUACUGAUGCGAAAGCGGUAAGUACCCCUUUGUGA